GCCCUCGGGGACUGGGGGCGUGACUUUGCACGUGGCCGUUGGCGGGGUGUGACGGGGGCGUGGCAUGGCAUGUGGCCAUGGAGGGCUGGGAGUGGCCUGGCACGUGGCCAUUGGCGGCGCGUGACGGGGGCGUGGCCUGGCGCGUGGCGGUCCGGGGCUGGGGGCGCGCAGACUCGGGUGCGGCGGCGUGCCCCUGGGGCCCCGGUCAGCAGCGGCAUGGGGCGGUUGCGGUGGCAGGUGGCGGCCGCGGCGGCUAUGGGCCUGGCUCUGGCCCUGGAGGCGCUGCCCGGGGUGCUGCGCUGGCUGCGGUCCAGGCGGCGGCGGCCGCGGCGCGAGGUGCUGUUCUUCCCGUCGCAGGUGACCUGUACCGAGGCUCUGCUGCGGGCUCCGGGCGCGGCGCUGGCCGGGCUCCCCGAGGGCUGCCCGUGCGGCCUCCCCCACGGCGAGAGCGCGCUGAGCCGCCUGCUGCGUGCCCUGUUGGCCGCCCGCGCCAGCCUGGAGCUUUGCCUGUUCGCCUUCUCCAGUCCGCAGCUGGGCCGCGCUGUGCAGUUGCUGCACCAGCGCGGGGUGCGAGUGCGGGUAGUCACCGACUGCGACUACAUGGCCCUCAACGGCUCGCAAAUCGGCCUGCUGCGCAAGGCAGGGAUCCAGGUCCGGCACGAUCAGGACCUGGGCUACAUGCAUCACAAGUUUGCCAUCGUGGACAAGCGGGUGCUCAUCACUGGCUCGCUCAACUGGACCACGCAAGCCAUCCAGAACAACAGGGAGAACGUUCUCAUCAUGGAGGACGAUGAGUACGUGCGGCUUUUUCUGGAAGAAUUUGAGCGCAUCUGGGAAGAGUUUAACCCUACAAAGUACACCUUUUUCCCACAAAAAAAGAAGAGUCACUGAAGCUGUGCCCCACCUGUCUCCAGAGCUGGAGGGAAAUCGCUUCCAUGGCACAGAACUUGUGGCACCUCCAGCCAAAACCAAACCUAACCAAGAAUGGGGCUGAGCCCUCCCUGCGGGCUGCUGUGCCUUCUGAGGGAGGGAGGCCUCACGUUAAACCAAAUUCUCAUCUAUUGGAAUACUAAGUUGAACGAAAGAAGGUUAGGAAAGGGAAAUUUCUGUUAUUUCAGGUCAGUUAUUUUGGGCCAGACCUUUUCUUUGGCCCUUUGCCAAAAUAACUUCCGUCACGACCUGCCAUGGGUGCUUUCAGGAGUGUGGUCCGUAUCUCGGUUUGGAAUCGAAGCUUCUGCCACAGCACAGAAAAGGCACAGUGCCUUUUCCGGGUCGGUCCCAUUCCCUUUCCUGAUUCUAGAAAAGCCCCUUCUGCUUUGGCUGACGUGGUCCCUUUCAGCAUCUUCCUGAGAGUUCUUCCCUCUCUCCAUGUGGCACGACUGGGGUUGGUUGGGGCCAACAGUCUCCUUGUCCCUCACAGUCUGUCCCUGUCAGGGCUCGAUCCUCAGAGCAGGGAGAGGAAAUGGAAGUCAGGAGGAAGGGAAGAUGUGAGUGUGCGGUGCGGGUGGCAGAAGCAGCCUUCUGGGCAACCCCGUGAGCGCCAUUGCCACCAAAGGCUGGCUGUUCCCUUGCUUCCUUGCAUAAUUCCUCUUUAAAACCAGUGUGCACGCCAGUGCCAAGGUCUGAAGCAGCCUGUCCGUGGGUAGUAAGUGCCGUGGUCUGUCAGGACUGAUGGCCAGCAGCUGUUUCUUUUUUUUUGAGAUGGAGUCUCACUCUGUGGCCCAGGCUGGAGUGUAGUGGCGCAACCUCGGGUCACUGCAACCUCUGCCUCCUAGGUUCAAACGAUUCUCCUGCCUAAGCCUUCUGAGUAGCUGGGAUUACAGGCGCCUGCCACAACAUCUGGCUAAUUUUUUUUUUUUUUUUUUUUUUUUUGGUAUUUUUAGUAGAGACAGGAUUUCACCAUGUUGAUCAGGCUGGUCUCGAACUCCUGACCUCAAGUGAUCCACUCACCUCAGCCUCCCAAAGUGCUGGGAUUAUAGGUGUGAGCCACCACGCCUGGCUGGGGUUUUAACUUUUAACGUCCUAAUGUUUAAGGUAAUUUUGUUGUAUGUUUAGAAGUGACCUUACCUUUAACACCUGUGGAGUUAGUGCAUGCACAUUGCUGGCUCAGCGUAACCCAUCACGGGACUGGAGGAGAGGAGAGGAGGGAAGGAGGAGAGCAACUUCAGGCUGUGGUGUCUCCCACAUCUGUGUUCUUAUUUUCAGCUCAGGGUUUGCAUUCCCAGGUAGAACAGGUGUCAUAUGUUGUGAAAUGUUCCAGGUUAUUUGUUUAUAAUGUGUGUGUCAUAUAUAGAUAACUCCAAUGACAUCUGAAGUUGUGACUUCACUAUCUUGUCAUAUGUCUGUAUGAUGAGCCCCAGGGCCCGUCCUGCGGUCUGCUGGCCAUGUGCUUGGUCUCACCUCCCCAGCCCACGCUGACAUUACCACCCAGAGACCCUUCAGUGCUGUGUGUUUUUGCUUUUUAGGGUUACUUUUGACUCACAGUGUGAGGCAGGCCAGCUUGGAAGUUAAGUUUUAAAAAAAUUCAAUUGAAGCUAUAAAGCAUAAUGUACAGAUGGGAAGUCACCAGAAAUUUGUUUUAGUUUGUGAAUUCCCACAGUGUAUGUUCUGAAAAGAAAAUGGGAGAGUGUGUAAAGCAUCUCCUGCAGGCGAAGCCGCGUGACCCUGGACUUCUGGCUCAUCUGGAUAAAUGUGUUCUUAUUCUGGAAUGUGAGCACUGUGUGUCUUUGCCUUAGCUUGCUGCUAAAUCAUUCAAAUAGGGGCUGCUCCUUGUUAAAUACAACUUUUUUGGGGGGCAGUAUACAGCUAUUUAGAAACUGUUGGUCAAAGAACAGGUGACUCAAAGUAAAACUUUAAGCUGUUACUUGGGUGAAGGAAAUAAGGUAUACAGUGGUUCAUUUUUAAGACAAAGUGCCUUGAAUUGGCUUAGGUCAGCAAACUACGGAAGAAACGGGAUGUGCUAGGCCCUUCAGGCUAGCCGAUGCCUUCUUGUCGGCUCCCCCCUCUGCCCCCUCCCCACUUUCUUAGUUGCCCUCACCCGAACCAAAAACGUUGAGUCUAAAAGGAAAGUUUACUGGCCUGCAAAAUAGCUUACUUUGUCUGUUCCUACCAGCCAGCCUAGCUACUUAGGUCAUAAGUCAAAUACUUGAAGAGCUCCUAAGUGGACUAAGAUUGCAAUGCACUGUAGGCUGUAACAAAAUGCAGCAAGACAAUCCUAAAGAAAAUGCCUAAAGCCCCCAGCUAACAACCAGUAAGCACCGUCUGGGAAGAUUGUGACCCCAUGGUACUCAGCCUGUAAGGAAGGAGGAGCCUGCACACUAGGGGAUACAUUGCUUGUUGAAACUCUGCCGGGUAUGCCUGCUCAUUAGACACGCGAUCUUAUUAAAAGCCUCUUUCACUGUU